UGCUGCCAGAGGCUGGAGGGUUUAUAAGCAAACCAGGAGCUUCGGUUUUAGCAGCAGCAUCACCGAGCAGCGAACAACAUCCAGGGACUCACAGGAGAUAAACUAAAGACAAGCCACGUCUGUCUAUCUCUGCUCCACAAUCUGCAGCCGCUGAACUCCUGAAGCUUCAAACAAGACACCAAACUUCAACACAAUGAAAGUGGCCAUUGUUUUCGUUUUGCUCUUCGCCACAGUUCUCUGCCGGCCGGCAAAGAAGGUUUCUGACAGCAGUUCAGAGAGCUCUGAGGAAGUGGAGAGACGACCAGCAGCUCCAGCUCUCAGCAAACAGGCUGCAGUGGUUCCUCAGAGCCGUGUAGCACCUGUACAGAAUGUUGUAGCAGCUGCUGCUGCCGGCUCGGAUGAGAGCACGGAGAGUUCAGAUGAAGACAAGCAGGAUGCAGUAGAGGUUCCAGCUGAAGUUAAAUCUGACGGCACGGACACAGCUUCAUCCUCUGAUACAGCCUCUGUCAACAGCAAGGACAGUGAAGACAGUGAUGAUGAUGAUGACGAUGAAGCAGAGGAGAGCGAAACCGAGGAGGAUGAGGAUGAAUCUAGCGACAGCUCAGAGUCAGGCGAGACGUCCACCCUCGCUCCCACAACCAUCGCCCCUGUGAUCGUUACAGACGCACCAGUGUCUGAAAGCACCGACGAGCCCAUUGCGCCUACCAUCGUGACCGACACUGAUACGGGCCGUGGUGACAGCAUGGGAGGAUACCCCAGUGAAUAUAAGUCCAUUGUCUAUGUGGAGGACAAAUCCUACCACAAGGCUCCUGCUCCCUACAAGUCCUAUGAGUUUGUUGGCACAGGAAAGAAGAUGGCCUACGACAUGACAGACGGCAAUGAGGUGGAGAAGUCACUGCAGGUGUAUAAGGUACAGGCUUAUCAGGUGCACUCAGAUCUCCUGGAGGAGGACACCAGCACCCCUGAGGUGGAGAGCCAGGGCCUGGACGGCUCUUCAAGCACCUCUCAGGAUCAAGACGUCAGCAACCGCCAGGCCUCCAUCCCAGAGGAGGAGGAGAGCACCACCACCAGCGAAAGUGAGAGCUCCAGCACUCCAGAGGAAGAAGAGGAGGAGGAGAGCGCCAGCAGUGCCAGCGAAAGCACCAGCACCAGCCAGGAGUCAGAGGACGAGGAUAGUCAGAGCAGCGAGGAGACCACAGCCACGCCCGGUGCUGCUGACAGCGAAUCAGAUGAGAGUGACUCAGAUGAGGAAGCGGCAGGUAAUGACACCACCACUGACAUGCCGGUGGUCAUCACUGCCAAAUAAGCCCUGACCACUAAAUGGAGUGGAUGGUGGUGUCACUUACAUUCACAUUAAGAGCGCACGCUGCAUCCAGGUGCAAUAAAGUCCCAUCAAGAGCCACUUUCUACUGCAGGGUCAAACAGGGACAGCCAAACCUUAAUUAUUAAUGACUUAAAUAUGCUCAGCCAGUAUUUCUCUGAUUAUUUGUGCAUCUGUUUGGAAGCAGAAAUGUUGGGCUAUAACUCCUGUAUUCUAUUGCCCUGAUAAAUCCCGUGUUUGACCCUGCAGGGGAAAAGUAGUCAAUGUAACUUUGUAGGAUGUUGAAACUGACGACUGCUACCUGCAACAGGAGGUUGCCUGACCUCAUGACCUUUGCCCCCUUCCCUCUGUUACAGCGGGGUAAAAGGUCAAAACUGAAAAAGAACAAAGAAACAAACACAGUUGAGUCCUGAUAUCUACGCCAGCACAACACUACAUUUAAUCGUUAAUUAAUAACUGCAACAUGCAAUCCUUCGUUGUAUCUGUGCUUAUGAAAUAAGAGAGAAAAAAGUGCACGGUUUAUUUAAAUACUCGCAAUCAUUUCAAGCAUAAUACCUGGCAUUACACCAUACAUUUGCUGCCUGUGUGGCUUAGCUUUGUUGCUCGCUAGUAUCAGAUCUGCUGGUGUAGAUAAAAGGAUGUAAACAAAGAUAAACUCAGCAUCCAGCACAGGGUUCAAUCAGGUAUAGAUACAGUACACACACAUACAAACAUACAUACACCACAGUCUUUAUUCAUUUGCACAGUUCCUGCCUACACUACAUGUUGUUUGUCCCAUGUUGUUUACUGUAAUGUAUCAUAUUGUACCAUUUCUAAAGUAUUAAUAAAGUUCUUUUUCAUAAAAUCA